CUGCGCGAACGUCGCGGCCCCUGAACUAGUUUUGUUCCGGGAGCCUCCUGCGAGUGAGGGAGCAGCCGAGGUCCCCGGGCCGGACGCGACAGCCCGAGCGGAGACAGCGCGAGGCGGACAGUCGGGGACCCACGGGAGACCGAGGGCGAGGGCGGGCGGGCGAGCGCACGCGCGCGAGGCCAAGGCCAUGUCCGGCAACAGCCUCUCCUACAAUGAGCAGCUCGCGGGCAGCGAGCAGCCCGAGCUGGGCCAGGAGGCCACCCCCACCACGUCCCCCUCGGGGGCCUUUGGCCUCUUCAGCAGCGACCUGAAAAAAAAUGAAGAUCUAAAGCAAAUGCUGGAAAGCAACAAAGACUCUGCCAAACUGGAUGCUAUGAAACGAAUAGUUGGGAUGAUUGCAAAGGGGAAAAAUGCAUCAGAACUCUUUCCUGCUGUUGUGAAGAAUGUGGCCAGUAAAAAUAUUGAGAUCAAAAAGUUGGUCUAUGUGUACUUGGUCCGAUAUGCUGAGGAACAACAGGACCUGGCUCUCUUGUCCAUCAGCACUUUUCAACGUGCUCUGAAAGAUCCCAAUCAAUUAAUUCGUGCAAGUGCUUUGAGAGUCCUUUCCAGUAUCAGGGUUCCAAUUAUUGUUCCUAUCAUGAUGCUUGCUAUUAAAGAAGCUUCUGCUGAUUUAUCACCAUACGUUAGAAAGAAUGCUGCCCAUGCAAUACAGAAAUUGUACAGCCUUGAUCCAGAGCAAAAAGAAAUGUUAAUUGAAGUAAUUGAAAAACUACUGAAAGAUAAAAGCACACUGGUAGCUGGAAGUGUUGUGAUGGCUUUUGAAGAAGUGUGCCCAGAUAGAAUAGACCUGAUUCACAGAAACUACCGCAAGCUGUGUAAUUUGCUAGUUGAUGUUGAAGAGUGGGGGCAGGUUGUCAUAAUCCACAUGCUAACCCGAUAUGCACGCACACAGUUUGUGAGUCCUUGGAAAGAGGAUGACAACAUAGAAGAGAACAUUGAAAAGGAUUUCUAUGAAUCUGAUGAAGAACAAAAAGAAAAAAAUGACAAAAUUAAGAUAUCUUAUGCUAUGGAUCCGGACCAUCGACUGCUCAUUAGAAAUACAAAGCCUUUGCUACAGAGUAGGAAUGCUGCGGUGGUGAUGGCAGUUGCUCAACUGUAUUGGCAUUUAUCACCAAAAUCUGAAGCUGGCAUUAUUUCAAAAUCAUUAGUACGUUUACUUCGUAGUAAUAGGGAGGUGCAGUACAUUGUUCUACAGAAUAUAGCAACUAUGUCAAUUCAGAGAAAGGGCAUGUUUGAACCUUAUCUGAAGAGCUUUUAUGUUAGGUCAACUGAUCCAACCAUGAUCAAGACACUGAAGCUUGAGAUAUUGACAAAUUUGGCAAAUGAAGCCAACAUAUCAACUCUCCUUCGAGAAUUUCAGACCUAUGUGAAAAGUCAAGAUAAACAGUUUGCUGCAGCUACUAUCCAGGCUAUAGGCAGAUGUGCAACCAACAUUUCAGAAGUAACCGAUACAUGCCUUAAUGGCCUGGUGUGUUUGCUGUCCAACAGGGAUGAAAUAGUAGUUGCGGAAAGUGUGGUCGUCAUUAAGAAAUUGCUACAAAUGCAGCCAGCACAGCAUGGUGAGAUUAUCAGACACAUGGCCAAGCUCUUGGACAGUAUUACUGUUCCUGUGGCUAGAGCAAGUAUUCUUUGGCUAAUAGGGGAGAAUUGUGAACGUGUUCCUAAAAUUGCUCCUGAUGUCUUGAGAAAGAUGGCUAAAAGCUUCACUGGUGAAGAUGAUCUUGUAAAGCUACAGAUUUUAAAUCUAGGAGCCAAAUUGUAUUUAACAAACUCAAAGCAGACAAAAUUGCUUACCCAAUAUAUAUUAAAUCUUGGCAAGUAUGACCAAAACUACGACAUCAGAGACCGUACAAGAUUUAUUAGGCAGCUUAUUGUUCCGAAUGAGAAGAGUGGAGCCUUAAGCAAAUAUGCCAAAAAAAUAUUUUUGGCACAAAAGCCUGCCCCAUUGCUUGAAUCUCCUUUUAAAGACAGGGAUCAUUUCCAGCUUGGGACCUUAUCCCACACUCUGAACAUUAAAGCUUCUGGGUACCUGGAGUUGUCUAAUUGGCCAGAGGUGGCGCCUGACCCUUCAGUUAGAAAUGUAGAAGUGAUUGAGUCUGCAAAGGAACGGACAUCAGUGUCUGGCAAAGCAAAGAAAGUGAGAGCUGAUGAAAAGUUUUAUUCAGAAUCUGAAGAGGAUGCUUCCGACAACAGCAGUGACAGUGAGAGUGAAUCUGGAAGUGAAAGUGAAGAUGAAGAAAAGGAAGAAGGCAGUAGUGAGGAGAGUAGUGAGUACUCCUCUGAUGAGAGUGACAGCGAAUCAGAUUUAGACAACAAAAAUCAAGUAGCCAAGCACAAAUCUAAAACUACAGAAGAAAGUGAUUCUGAUGCUGAUAAGAAGACAAAUGCCAAAUUGAAAUCAUCUGAUUCUUCUGAUUCUGAAUCUAGUUCAACAGAGGAAAGUUCUUCAGACUCUGAAUCAGACACAGAAAGUGACUAUGAGUCAAAAAAACUGAGAGUUUGUGAAGAAAGAGAGAAGAAAACUUGGCCAGAAAGAAAGCCUAGUAAUAAAGAUGUUUCUCUUCUAGAUCUGGAUGACUUUAACCCAGUAUCCACACCAGUAGCGGUUCUCACACCAGCUAUUUCUCCAGGCUUAAUAGCUGACCUGGAGGGUUUAAACUUGUCAGCUUCUUCACCUGUCAUCAAUGUUAGUACUCCAGUCUUUGUGCCAAUGAAGACCCAUGAGCUGCUUCAUCGAAUGAGUGGCAAAGGAUUAGCUGCCAGUUAUCACUUUCCAAGACAGCCUUGCAUUUUUGGUGAUCAGAUGGUCUCAGUGCAAGUGACAUUAAAGAAUACCACUGAUCAGAAGAUUGAGAAUAUCCACCUCUCUGAUAAAAAGCUGCCUUCAGGCAUGCGGAUGCAUGUGUUUAGCCCAAUAGACUCUCUUGAGCCUGGGGGAUCCAUUACUGUUGCAAUGGGUAUUGACUUUUGUGAUUCCACUCAGACUGCCUGUUUCCAGUUGUGCACAAAGGAUGAUUGCUUCAGCGUUAAUAUCCAGCCACCUGUUGGAGAGCUUCUUUUACCUGUGGCCAUGUCAGAGAAAGAUUUUAGGAGAGAACAAGGAAUGCUGACAGGAAUGAAUGAAACAUCAACUACAAUCAUUGCUUCACCACAGAAUUCUGCUCCCCCUGUGAUACUUCAGAAGAUUGUAAAUGUAGCCAACCUAGGUAUAGUCCCUUCUGGACAAGAUAACAUACAUAGAUUUGCGGCUAAAACUGUGCACAGUGGGUCACUGAUGCUAGUCACAGUGGAGCUGAAGGAAGGCUCUACAGCACAGCUCAUCAUAAACACUGAGAAAACAGUGAUUGGUUCUAUUCUGCUGCGGGAGCUGAAGCCUGUCCUGUCCCAGGGGUAACCUGCUUACAUCUGGACCUCAGAAUCUGGCACACAACAAAAGUGCCUGGCAUCCACUACUGCUGCCUUUCAUUUAUAAUAAUAGCCCUUCCAUCUGGCAGUGGGGGAAGAGUACACUCUUGACAUUCUUGUCUCCUGCUUUAGAAUGCUAGUGUGUAUCUAUCAUGUAUGCAGUACUUGCCCCCCCUUUUUUUUUCAGUUUGCUAACCAAAGAACAUAUAUUUUACUGUCAGUUAUCUAAACUCUUGAAUCCAUGUGCCAUAUAUUCUUCCCUGACACUUCUACCCUUUUUCCUUGACUUUUUCUAGUUCUGAUAAAUAAGUGGUGAAUAAUUAAAGUUCAUUGGAAAUCAGUUUGCCUUCACCAGUAAGCAAAAAUUUUAAGAGAAUCUAGCUGAUCUCCCAGCUAGGCAUAGGAUAGUGAAGAUGUCUAGAAUUAAGCAAGAAAACAAUGGAAUUUUUGCAAAAUACUGUUGUUGAGUGAAUCUCUGUGUCUUAAUCAUUUGCUGAUGACUGCUGUCAUCAGAUUUUCUGAAUGAUAAAGAAUAAAUAAAAUAGCAUAUAAAUAGUCUCUCUUUGCUUUUUCCUUGGUAAGCAAUCACCACCUAUUUUGGAAUCCAUUAAUUCUAAAACUGUUCAGAAAGCAAAGGAACCAGCAGGAUUUUGUUACUAAAAGAAAACAUCUUCUAGCCCUUGGUCAGUAUCAAAAAGAAAAUUAUUGGUAAAUAUUUUUCAAAAACUUUGUGUUGUGGAACAAAAGCUCUCCUUCUCAAACAGUCAACUCACAGAAUAACAAUUUGGUUACAAGGUCUAUUAUUGCUGCUAGGUAAUUUAAAUUAUACGUCAGAUUGUUAUACUGAUCUUUGAUGGUCCAGUAGACCCAACUUUGAACAGCUGAAAUUCUUUAGUAUGAAGCUUAUAGAAAAAUGACUCAUAUGAACAUGAAUUUCAGAAAUAACAUCAAAAUUAAGUUGUAUGAAAAACACAUCAAGUGAUGGAAAAAUUUAAGAUGAAUUUUUUUUUUAUUGGAUUGGCUUAUAUUUGCAAAAUAUUCUCCAAUUUGAAAGUCUUUUUUUCUAAACCUUUUUCUCUCAAUGAAUACUCCAAUUGCAAAUUAGUUAUAUUAUAAUUGGUUGGUUUGUUUACCUCAGUUUGUUCUAGUUCAUUCCUAUUCUCCAAUCUCUCUGCCCCACUGUUCAAUCCUCCCCACCCCCACCAAAAAAAAACUUUGGGUAAAUCAGUUUAGAUUUGAAUUAAUACUGGGGAAAAAGAGAAGAGGAAGAAAAAAUUUUAAUUGAAGGUCAUUGGAUCAUAUAGUUUGAGAGAAAUAGAACAGUCUGGGAAAAUUCUUAAAAUGUUCAGAUUCAUGUACUGUGAUAAGCCUAAGGAAAGAGAGCUAUGGUUAUCUGAGUUGUAGGCCAUCCCUCACUCUGAAGUACUAUAUUUUAUCUUAUGUGGUACCCCCAAAUCAUUUGGCAUUUCCAUUAUUACUCCUAUUUUCCAAAGCUUUGUCAUUUCGGAUUUUUAAGUUACUGUUUGAAAAGUAACACACAAUUUGACAAACUAAAGGCCCUUGACUGUAAAUUUUCUUUUCGAAUUUUAAGGGAUCUUCUCUCUAAAAAUAGGACCUACAACACUACUUUUUUCUAUGUUUUGGAACAACCACAGGAGUUUAGUGAGACCUCAGUUUUUAAUGAGAAAAGUAAAAUAAUUGUGACUGCUUAUUUUUGGAUUUAAAGUCUAUUUAGCUGAUAGUAACAUGUUUCCAUUUGAUACUUGUAACAACAGUAGCUUAAUGUGAUUGAAACAUUUUUUAUAUACGUGAUAUCUGAAGUGUACAACAGCAGCUUUUUUUAAGAAAAGUGAUUCAGAAUUCUUUGCCCGGAAUUUGUUUGAUUUUAUCAUUAGUCUGUGAUUGUCUUUAAAUUAUUCCAUAGAGUUGAGUUGGCCAAAGUUAAAGUCCUAAUUCUAGCUAUAUUUUUAUAUUUUAAUGUUCACUUAGUGGGACAUUUUAUAUGCACUAAUUUUGAAG